AAUUCAAAUCCUCGUAGGCCAACGAAGCAAUCGCAAAGAUCCGAUGGCACUGUAAAUUCAUUAAAACCUUACCAACCACUAACUGUCAGAGAGAGUACUUUGGUUGUUGAAGCUUCACAGCUUAUGGCUGCUAAACGUGCUGAUUGUGUGUUAGUGGUUGAUAGUGAGGAACGUUUGUCGGGUAUUUUCACUGCCAAAGAUUUGGCCUUUAGAGUAGUUGGUGAUGGGCUAGACUCAAGAACAACUAGUGUGGCGGAAAUAAUGACGAGGAAUCCAAUGUGUGUAAGAAGUAAUGCAUCAGCGACUGAUGCUCUCAAUACAAUGGUUCAUCGUGGGUUUCGGCAUCUACCUGUAUGUAAUGAAGACGGUGACGUUGUAGGUCUCCUUGAUAUAACAAAAUGUUUAUAUGAGGCUUUAGACAAAAUGGAACGUGCUUACGGUUCAUCAAAGAAACUAUAUGAUGCCCUUGAAGGUGUAGAGAGAGAAUGGUCAAAUCAACCUACACCGAUCCAUCAAUACAUGAGUAUGUUACGUGAAACGAUGGCAUGUCCUGACUUAUCCACAAUAUUAGAUGGUUCAAUGCCGGCUGAAGUCUCUACUAGAACAAGUGUGAGAGACGCUGCUCGCCUAAUGAGAGAAUAUCACACAACUGCUGUUUUAGUUAUGGAGCAUAAUCUGAUUGCUGGUAUUUUCACAAGUAAAGAUAUUGUAUUGAGAGUUAUAGCUGCUGGGUUGGAUCCCUCGACGUGUAGUGUCGCAAAAGUAAUGACUCCACAUCCUGACACUGCUCCACCUCAUACUAGUAUUCUUGAUGCCUUAAAAAAAAUGUAUGACGGUCAUUAUCUAAAUCUACCAGUGGUUGACGGUAGCAGCAUUUUAGGGAUGGUUGAUGUAUUAAAAUUGACAUAUGCUACCAUGGAACAGAUGUAUUCUAAGCAACCCCACGAAAAUGGUCAUGAAAAUGGAGGACCAAUGUGGCAUAAAUUUUGGAACUCGCUUGAUGAUGAUAACGAAUCAAUUGCUUCUGAUUCAAUAGCUCCAUCACAGAGUGCCUCAAAUAUCCCACCUCCAUCGCCAAAUUCACGCAUGCGUAACUCUGGGCACGUUUCUCCUAUUCCCGAAAUUCUUCCUGGUGAAUCUGCUUCGGCUGUAGAUGAUGGUUCUUUGGCUUCAUUCCCUAGAGGACAUGAUGAAAAUCAUUUCACUUUUAAAUUUAAAGCACCAAAUGGAAAAUCUCAUCGUUUCACUGUUGAUUAUACUAGUUUUGAACAUAUUCGUUCUACUGUUGCUUCCAAGCUUCCUCCUAGUAUUAAAGAAUUCUCUAUUUCUUAUGUGGACGAUGAUGAGGAUCUUGUUGCAAUGUCAAAUGAUGAGGAUGUUCUCGAUGCUGUGCAAAUUGCUCAAAGACAAGGUCAAACACGCGUAAUUUUGCACAUUCAAGAAAUUCAAGUACCGUCAAAACCACGGA